UAUGUUGAUCUUGUACUGUCACGUGACCAUACCGGUUCUUGGAGAUAAAAACAUUUUCGACCAUCAUGGCCGAAGAAGGACGAAAACGCGUGGCUAUCAUAGGCUCUGGAAACUGGGGAUCUGUCAUAGCUCGAAUAGUCGGCCAAAAUGUCAAAGAACAUAACGAUGUCUUCUUCGAGGGUGUCGAAAUGUAUACAUACGAGGAACUUGUCGAUGGAGUGAAACUUACAGAGAUAAUAAAUACAAAGCACAUGAACGUGAAAUAUCUACCGGACUUCUUGAUUCCCGAAAACAUCCAUGCUAACCCAGAUGUGGUGGAAUGUGUGAAGGAUGCAGAUAUUCUUGUGUUUGUUGUCCCCCAUCAGUUUGUCAGAAGAGUAUGUGAGAUGAUGAAAAACUUUUUGAAGCCCAAUGUAAUCGCCAUUUCACUGAUAAAGUUUGGCAUCCCCUGUAAGUUUAUGAAAAUCGAUGCAAAUUCUGCUCAGAUUACGACAUGGAAGCAGCAUCGCAGAGACAGUAUUAACCGAAUGGCUGUCUUAAAACGUCAGAGGAGUUUACGGGGUUUGGAUCACACUAAAACUGGCCUAACGUUAGUGUCAAAUGUCAUUAAAGAGGCAUUAGACCUUCCAGAAGUUAGCGUAUUGAUGGGUGCUAAUUUAGCCAAGGAAGUUGCCAGAGAGCUGUUUGGAGAAGCAACUAUUGGUUGCCGUGUAAAGGAGGAUGGCCCACUUCUCAAGCAACUAUUUCACACACAUUACUUCAAAAUAAACGUUGUUGAAGACGCAGAUACCGUGGAGCUAUGUGGAGCCUUAAAGAAUGCAGUUGCGAUUGGGGCGGGUAUUGUUGAUGCCCUUGGCAUGGGAGAUAACACAAAAGCUGCGAUUAUUCGCAUUGGCUUGAAGGAGAUGAUAGACUUUGCUAACCGUUUCUAUGAAGGAGUUCAAAUUGAGACUUUCUAUGAGUCGUGUGGCGUAGCUGAUCUCAUAACCACAUGCUAUGCUGGACGCAACCGACUAGCAGGGGAGGAAUUCAUCAAGUCAAAGAAGUCGUUUGACCAAGUGGAACAAGAGAUACUUGGAGGCCAGAAGCUCCAAGGACCACACACAGCUUACGAAGUCUAUCAAGUCUUGAAGGAGAACAACUUGACAGAAGACUAUCCACUUUUCACCUCGAUCUACAAUGUGUGUUUCGAAGGCCACACGCCGACUGAAAUGAUGGAGAUGUUAAAGUGUCACUUCUGAUCAUAACCCUGCCCCAUAUGGCCCGACAGAGAUUUGUUAAACUUGACACGUGCAUACCUUCCUUCCCCCCAUAUUAUGGUUUAAACUUUGAUACUCAGUGCUGAAAGACCUUAAGAUAGAGGAUUGAACUUUUAUAAAAAGGCUAAAAGCCGUUUACUAUUGUAUUGUUAUAGUAGAAAUAAAGAAAACUAAUAAACAUGA